CACCGUUUACACUUUGUCCAUUUUUAUGAAAAAGUAGGAAAAAAUAUAUCAACACGAAUUUGUUGUUUCAACUGUGAGAUAACACGAUUUGUGUUUUUCUUAAAUAUCACUUUACAAUAAUUUGUUUUAAUAAUCUUGUGAGACCUGUACCCAUUCUUGGGGCCUAGACCGUUUUGCUUUAGGUUACAAAACAAAUUUUGAAAAAUAUUUUGUUUCAAGCGUGUGAAGAAUCAAGGAGUAAUAACUCACAAUGGGAGUUCCAAAGUUCUUUCGUUACACAAGUGAAAGAUAUCCAUGUCUCAACGAGCUUGUGAAGCAACAUCAGAUACCAGAAUUUGACAACAUGUAUUUAGAUAUGAAUGGUAUAAUUCACAAUUGCUCCCACCCUGACGACUCUGAUCCUCACUUCCGUAUCACAGAGGAGAAGAUAUUUCAAGAUAUAUUUCACUAUUUAGAUAUAUUGUUUCAAAUCAUCAAGCCAAAAAAGUUGUUUUUCAUGGCCAUUGAUGGUGUGGCACCUAGAGCUAAGAUGAAUCAACAGAGAGGAAGGAGAUUUAGAUCUGCAAAAGAGGCUGAGAGAUUAGAGGAGUUAGCCAAAGCUAAAGGCGAAGUGUUGCCAGCAGAGAAGAGAUUUGACAGUAACUGUAUCACUCCCGGCACUGUGUUCAUGGCUCGUCUUCAUGAGCAGCUCAAGUAUUUUAUCAAGCAGAAGAUCUCCCAAGACCCACUGUGGUCUAAAGUCAAAGUGAUUUUGUCUGGACAUGAGACUCCGGGAGAAGGAGAGCAUAAAAUUAUGGAUUAUAUCCGUUGGGCUCGGACCCAACCGGACUAUGAUCCCAACACCAGACACUGCCUGUACGGUCUGGACGCUGAUCUCAUAAUGUUGGGUGUGUGCACCCAUGAACCUCACUUUGCACUACUGAGAGAAGAGGUAAAAUUCGGUAAAAACACGAAAAGAGCGGCAACACCGGAAGAGACCAAUUUUUAUCUUCUACAUUUACCUCUGUUGAAGGAAUAUCUAGAACAAGAGUUCAUUGAACUCAAAGAUAAGUUACCAUUUAAGUUUGACAUUGAGAAGAUUUUGGAUGACUGGGUGCUGAUGGGUUUUCUGGUGGGGAACGAUUUUAUUCCCAACCUACCCAAUAUGCACAUCAGCAAUGAUAUGUUGCCGCAUUUAUAUAGAACGUAUAUAAAAGUACUGCCUACUUUAGAAGGUUAUAUAAACGAAGCGGGUAUCCUUAAUUUAGCAAGAUUCGAAGCAUUUAUGCAGGAGCUAGCAAAAAUUGAUAUGGAGAAGUUUAGCGAUAUUUACGCUGAUCUCAAAUAUUUUGAGGGAAAAACUGGAAGGCGACCUAACGCUAAUGAAAGGAAAGAGUAUAAACCAAACAAUGACGAUACAUUUAAUGUGAACAUUGAUGAUAUAAAAGCGAACAAACCGGAUGAUGAGCUGCAGGCGCUUAUCAACGCCACACAGGAAAUGUUCAUGGAAAAUGUAGAAGACGAUGAUGAUGACGAAUAUGAAGAUAUUGACAGUAGCGAUGAGGAAGCGAACAUGCAAAUGGAGUUUAUUCUACACAAGAAAGACUACUACAUGAAUAAAUUGGACUACUCAAAAGUGACUGACGAGGUCCUGUCAGACCAGGCGACGUGCUACGUCCGCGCUAUACAGUGGAACCUCCACUACUACUACCGUGGUUGUGCGAGUUGGUGCUGGUUCUAUCCGCACCACUACGCCCCCUAUAUAUCCGAUAUCAAAGGCUUCAAGGAUCUGAAGAUUGAGUUCGAGUUGGGGGAACCGUUUAAGCCGUUUGAGCAGUUGCUAGCCGUGCUACCAGCGGCCAGUAAGAAUCUCCUGCCCACACCCUUCCACGAUUUGAUGACAGACGAGGACUCCCCCAUAGUCCACUACUACCCGUGCCAUUUCGAGACCGAUCUCAAUGGAAAGAAAAACGAUUGGGAGGCAGUUGUGCUGAUACCUUUUAUUGACGAGGCUAAUCUUCUAUCAGCUAUGACGCCGUGCUAUCAGAGACUAACAGAUGAGGAAUUGAAGAGGAAUUCUCACGGACCUAUGCUCAUAUACCAGUGGACACCUGACAACCUAGGUCCAGCGGUAGCCCCGGACUAUUUCCCCACCGUGCCGCAGUGUCACGCGCACGAGAAGCUGCUAUGGCGCAAGGAGUUGGAAGUUCCACCGGAGAGGCUAAUCUGCGGGUUGCUACCCAACGCCGACCCCUCGCUCCUGUACCCUGGGUUUCCGACCAUGAGGCAUUUGAAGUAUACGUCCAGCAUAAGGAAGUGCAAGGUGAAAGUGUUCGACCAGCCAUCGCGCAACGACAGCAUGAUCAUCGAGAUAGCGGCUCCGGCCGAUCAGGCCUUCGCCUCGCUGGAGAAGGUGGCUCAGGAGUACCUUGGGAAGGUCGUGUGGGUCAGCUGGCCACAUCUCACCAGAGCCAAAGUACUAUCUGUCUCGAACGAGAAGAUGCGUCUACACCACGUCGACAAACAAAACAACAAUGUCGACGGAUUGCAAUACUCCACAGAGCAAAAUGUUGGGAAUCUGCACAAACAGUGGAUAUCUGAGCGGUCUACUAUUAUAGAACACAACAUGAGUCGCCUAGGAAUAGACUUGGGUCAAGUUGAUGUUAUAAUUCACGCUGCGACGCUCACUGGGUACAAAUACGUGUUGAGCGACGGCGGUAUGGUGGUACGCGAGCAAUGGAGCACGCGGCCGUGCGGGUACGCGGUGCAGGCGGUCGUGCGUACGGUACGCGCGGCCCCCCGCCCCCCGCCCCGCUUCACGUCGCCCGCGGAUGCGUAUCCCCCGGGAUCCACGUGCUUCCUCCUCACCAAGUCCAACUACUACGGAUGUAAAGCCACGGUGAUAAGCACGGAGAAUAUCCGCACUAAGCGUGUGACGGUGCGUGUGUGCGAGCGUCCCGAGCCCGCGCCGCGCCCGCCCCCUGCCGACUCUGCCCUCGCCUACAAGACGGCCAAUCACGCGGCCGCAGCGUGCGGUAUAACGGCUCAGAUGUUGUCUCGUUUGACGGGCUGCGUGUUCGUGGUGUUAGGAGAGAGGAACGAUCUGCCCACUGAGACACAGAACAAGGUCAAUGUGGGACUCAAUCUCAAGUUCAAUAAAAAGAAUCAGGAAGUUUGCGGCUACACGCGGCGCUGCAACGUGACGGGGGCGUGGCUGUACUCGUCGCGGUGCGUGUCGCUGCUGCAGGCGUACGCUCGCGCGCACCCCACGCUGUUCGACCGGCUCGCGUCCUCGUGCGGGAACGACGUGUUCUUUGAAAGUGACAUAUGGCCCGGACAAGUGGGGCAAGACAAACCGCAAGAAGUGUCGAAGUGGUUAAAGGCGCAAGCGCACGCUGGCGCGCCGAAACGGGAGUGCGGCUCCGAAGUUCUAGAACCAGAAGAGAUGAGGGUAGUUCUAGAAGAUGUGAAGAAGCAGUUGGAAGAGCUAAAGGGAGCCGAGACCAAUGUCACGCUGCAUAUCAAGUGGAACCUCCUGUAUACGGCGGAGCUAGAAGAAGGCGACUCACCGGCGGACCCAGAGGCAGAUUUCUCGCUCCUAGAUCGUGUGGUGGUGGUGCGAGGGGCGGAUAAAGGCGCAAGGGGUACUGUGGUGGGCGUGGUCCGCGGCGCCGCCCCCGCGGCUGUGCGACUCGCGGAUAAACUUCACGCCCCGCCCAGUUAUCAAGUCAUGUUGGAUGACCAGCCAUUGACGGAUGAGCCGGCUUAUUUGAGAUUGAGCGGAUGCUCGCUUCUCAACGUGACGUGGGGGCGGGGCUUGCCGCGCGCCGCGCCGCAGCCCGCGUUCGCAAACGUCAACCCGCUGCGCUCACGACCCGACGCACGCUCCGCCUUCGCUGCUUACAGUCCGCCAAGAGAAAUAUUGUCAAGGCCAGCUGAUAGAAAUAAUGCAACGACUUGUGAACCACCGAAGCCGGAACAAGCGACUAAUCUACUUAAAAAUCUAUUGAAAAUAAGUGCAGAUGGUCAAACAGACAACAAGCAAAAUCACAAGGCCACAGAACAAUCAAAUUGGCGUGCCAAAGAGCCAACGCGGCAAGCUUCACCUGAUAACACUGUUCAUCCGUUUUGGAAUAUAUUUGUUGGGUUCCCGCCCCAACAGAACUGGCGUAAGGAGAACCAUUACAAGAAACCACCGCCUGCACACAACAACGAAUGGACCAAUAAUAGCAACUUUAAUAACCAACCGCCGCUACCUCCGUAUCCGACCUUCGGGCAGCCGUUCACAAUGCCUGGACCCUCGCAGAUCCCCUUCCCUCAGUUCCAGACCUUCCAGCAGAGGAACCAAUUUGGGUUCUCCGCGAACCAGGAGAACAGGAGCAGGAACCAGCAGUUCGGAAACCAGGAACCCAGGAACCAGCAGUUCGGGAACCAAGAACCUAGGAACCAGCAAUUCGGGAACCAGGAACUCAGGAGCCAGCAGUUCGGGAACCAGGAACCCAGGAGCCAGCAGUUCGGGAACCAGGAACCCAGGAACCAGAGGAACCAGGAGAAUAGGAAUGAGAGCAGAAAUCAGAAUAAUAGGGGAUUCCCGCAACAUUUGCCGGCCGUUGGUGCGGUGUCGCUCGCACCUUCGUGGGUUGCUAAUCAGGGUCAAUCGGCUGCACCAGCUCCAAAGCCCACUGCCGCUGCGCCAGAGAAAAUUACGAACCCGUUCGUACCCCUACAAGUGCAGACAAGCCGAAGGAGGGUGAAGAAUGGUCCUACAAUACAGAAAGGUCUAGAAGGUGUAAAGGCGCCCGUGCCAAUACAGCCCGCACCGACUGUACUGCAACCUACUGCACCGCCGGUGAAUUCGCAACAGCAGAGAAAUUCCCAAAAGCCCAAGAAGAGGAAACCGAGAAUAGCGGCAAACUUGCCCUUCCAAUUAGAAUAAAAUAUAUUCACGCGUCUAGAGGUUUAGCACACGACGACGUAUUAGUAACUUUAAUGAUUUAUAUUAUGUAUGAAAAUCAUGAUAGGCGUAAAAUGACCUUGUUAAAAAAGGACCUAAAAGAAAUGAAUUAAAAAAAUAAUGACACGACCAAUACAAAUUUAUUUUCGAUAACGUUGCGAAUACUUUGUUGUCAUAAUAUGGUAUUGCUAGCCCUCUAAAGUUAGCCGCUAUUGCGUUCUACUGAGUUCCUAAAACAUCGAUUGCAUAACGGCUUACUUCGGACUAAUGACAUGAAAAUUGUAUAUAUUUACAUGUAGUUAGAUCAAAACAUCUUAUGUGUUAAGAUUUAGUGAAAUUCUAACAUAGAUUUAAUAUACAAGUACAAUUAGGUGAUGAAUCUAUUUUAAUGAACAAAAUAUUGAUAACCCAAGCGCCCGCGACAGCCAGACUUUUGUAAUUUUAUAAAAGCUGAAAGUUUCCCUGUAUAUUACCCCUAUAAUAGAGGUAAGAAUGACCAGAAACUGUGGAGUUUCAGUCGCGGUUACUUUAGGAGGUAUCCAGUUCUAAAGGUCUACCUGACCUACAUACUCUUCGAUAAAGUAUGAAGCACUUUUUUCUUAUCCUCGGGAUAAAACUUUUAUCUUCUAAAAAAUACGAAAGUCUGACUGUUGCUGGCUCUUAGGUUAUGAUGUGAAUACAAUAUUUGUAUAUUUUUUGACUUCUUGUUGUCUUGUUUUGUCUUAUUACUUUUAAGGAGUGGAUAAUAAUAUUAAAUAACUUCAAUUUUUGUGUAAAGAGUAUAAGAAACAUUUUAAAUCAGGACCUAUAGGCUAAAUCAAUAAAAUACGACUCCAAUGAAUUCGAUUUUUUAUUCGUGAGUCGUGACUACAAAAGCAUAAUAAUAAGUUGCUUUACAAUAUUAUAAGAGUCAGCACAAUAUUGUAUCUUCUUAGAAUAAUUUUGUGUAAGUACAAGGAAUUUUAUUGAAACGUUUUCUAUUAAGUCAAAUAAUAAUUUUUAUUAUUAAGAUCUAUUACAAGUAACUUAAAAAUA